AGGUCUUGGAGCAAGAGAACUUGGCAGGCUCUCCCCAUGGCAGUCUUAUUCCUCCUCCUGCUCCUAUGUGGAACUCCCCAGGCUGCAGACAACAUGCAGGCCAUCUAUGUGGCCUUGGGGGAGGCAGUGGAGCUGCCAUGUCCCUCACCACCUACUCUACAUGGGGACGACCACCUGUCAUGGUUCCGCAGCCCUGCAGCAGGCUCCUUCACCACCCUGGUAGCCCAAGUCCAAGUGGGCAGGCCAGCCCCAGACCCUGGAAAACCAGGAAGGGAAUCCAGGCUCAGACUGCUGGGGAACUAUUCUUUGUGGCUGGAGAGAUCCAAGGAGGAAGAUGCUGGGCGGUACUGGUGCGCUGUGCUAGGUCAGCGCCACAACUACCAGAACUGGAGAGUGUACGAUGUCUUGGUGCUCAAAGGAUCCCAGUUAUCUGCAAGGGCUGCAGAUGGAUCCCCCUGCAAUGUCCUCCUGUGCUCUGUGGUCCCCAGCAGACGCAUGGACUCUGUGACCUGGCAGGAAGGGAAGGGUCCCGUGAGGGGCCGUGUUCAGUCCUUCUGGGGCAAUGAGGCUGCCCUGCUCUUAGUGUGUCCUGGGGAGGGGCUUUCUGAGCCCAGGAGCCGAAGACCAAGAAUCAUCCGCUGCCUCAUGACUCACAACAAAGGGGUCAGCUUUAGCCUGGCAGCCUCCAUCGAUGCUUCUCCUGCCCUCUGUGCCCCUUCCACGGGCUGGGACAUGCCUUGGAUUCUGAUGCUGCUGCUCACAAUGGGCCAGGGAGUUGUCAUCCUGGCCCUCAGCAUCGUGCUCUGGAGGCAGAGGGUCCAUGGGGCUCCAGGCAGAGAUGCCUCAAUUCCUCAGUUCAAACCCGAAAUCCAGGUCUAUGAGAACAUCCAUUUGGCCCGUCUUGGCCCACCUACCCACAAGACCAGGUGAUUUUGGUGACAUCUACUGGGAAGUGUGACCUGCUGUCUCGCUGGCCAUCCAGCACCUGGAAGAUUCCUCGACAACCUUAGCAAGGG